GAUAAAAUGUGAGAUGCCGUUGGUACAUGAGCACCUUAUCAUUCCUUUCCAAUCCCGGGAAAUGCGUAAAUAAGCAAAUGUAUAAUGUUGACAUGUGCAUGUGGAGUCAUACAACUGAUGUGAGUUUUUUUUUAAAGUCAUAAAAAUUGGAUUUAAAAAAAAAAGAAUGGCUAAAAUGGACAGAAUAGGAUUGGGUAAUCCGCGAUCUGUGUCCUCAGUCAUGCAAGGCACGCCACCAGUGACCCAUCAGCGUUUCACGAGAGGAUAGGGCCUGGGGGCUGGUUGGAUCUCAUGAACAUCCUGGUUCGCCAAUUCUAAUAUCACGGCUGGGACAUUUACUAUACUACAGCGUUUGAAAGUGUCAGCAUAGUAUGAUAUUUGUAUAUUUUUUCUGUGUCCUAGGUGACGAUGUUAAUUGUAGGGAUUCUGGACUGGAAUGUUUUAGCAGCUCUGUUCCAGUUUUUGCAUUGAAAAUGUACUGUUUUCUCUGUUUACAAUAAUGAAACUGUGACAGUGUAGCAUCUGAUGUCACGGUGGUGGUAGAGAGGGAGGGGCUGCCUGCGCUCGCAGACCGACAGCCGUCGAACAGGGCGACAGGCAAAGAUGGUGGAAGCAGACGUAGCAAGCAGAGCGUCAAAAAUGCUUUAAAUCUUGCAGUAAAACUCAGGUGAGAGAAAUGCUAUGUCCCAGCUUUGAAUGUUUUUUCGUGUGUGAGCUUUGGUGUUCAUGCCGGUCACAAUUCAACGCGGAUGAAUGCGGAGAGGGAAGAAAAAGCGGUGGCUGUUAGAUGUGUGUGUUUUUGCCAGGUCUUUAGAAAUAGAAUGGGUAUUUCGCUCAGAUAAGGAAUACAUUGAUUGUUUUGUGUGUUUCCAUCAAAUCGUAGUAUGCACAUUUUCUGGCGAGUUGCAGUUUUGCAUCGUGAUUACGAACAGGAAAACAAAGGAUGGUGCUGGUGCAAGAAAUCAUCGCGGUCAACACGCCCCACUUUCCUCCCCAUUUUAAACAGUAGCAUCAUUCAGGUGAUGGAGAAUUGAAGGCCGAUUUGUACGAUAGGCUACAGCUGAUGCAUCUUUCCGUGGAUUGUAGUAGUCUCCGUGUUUUAAGCUAUGUUGACAUUUGUAAACUGGUACUUUGUGUCAUUGUUGCAGUUUCCUUUGGUGAUAUUAAAACUUUAUCGCUGUGUGUUAUGGGUUUGUGUGUGUGUGUGUGUGUAUCGUAGAGAUGGUUAAGGAGAGAGCAAGGAGUGUAUUAACUGUAGACUACAAAUAGAUUAAUGAACUUCUUUCCUAUUGCAGUUAAUAUUCAUGUCGCAGGCCAGUUGGGAUAUCUGUUACUUGCUCGUGUACAAUGACCGAGGCUUGGUGUUUUUUUUUUUGCCAAAUAGUGCGCUACUAUGCAUUAGCUGUUGAAUGGCAGUCUCACGAUGUAGGCUACGCUUGCGCUGUAGGCUAUACCUUCCUGCCAAAUACAUGCCCUAGAUGCUGUAUGUGUUUUUGAGAUGCUGUGCAGGUGUCAUAGGGAAAGCUUUGUAUUAUUAGCGAUGCGACAAGGAGAGAGAAAACUCAUUCUCUGAAUGAAGAGGCGUAGACCUCAUGGGAACAUUGCCUGUUUUAUUGUGCUACUCCGCGGUCUUCUCCAUGACUUGAAAUUUCACAUUCUUCCGCCGCGUUGCACCUUUGCCUCACCGUUUGAUGAUGCUGGCCAUGCAGGUAGACAGCACGACAUCAGUCAGUGGUUAUUGGUCACGGUUGAGGAGAUGGGAGGAGUGCGGAUCUUUGUGGCUCUGAGCAGCGUGCUCUGAAGACCACCAAUGCCAUCCCUUGCCUAACAACCCGGUGCCAAACCCCCACCUGCCCCUUUACGCCUCCAGAGCCAAACCAAGACUCGCUUAAGACGUCGACUUAUCAAGCCUCCCCCUCGUCACCACCAACAUCAUCUUCACCGUGUCCUGGACCCGGCCCCUUGGCACUUGUCAGCCCACCUCCAGCCUCGGCCUCCGUCACUCUCACCCUGCUGGGGCCACAGAGAUAGAUGAGCCUGGCAGCAGUCGCCUUAAGCCGUGUGGAAGCUAAGCUCCGAGAGGUGAUGCGCGCCGCGUAGAGCUCCGACCCAUUCCGAAGGCAGCCAUGAACCAGCAGGAGGCGCCGCUGGGCGUGGAGCCGUGCGAGGCGGCCGAGGCCAACCUGGUCCAGCAGACGCACCAGCCCGCCCCACACGCCCACCGCAGGAGGCAGGACAACGGCGGCGCAACAGAGGGAGGACCCAGACCUGCCCGGACUCGCCAUCACCACCACAGCAGCAGCAACAACAACAACGGCCACGGGGGAGACGGUGGCCAGCAUCCCCCCGCGGCGGCAGCAGCCAGAUACCGCAGGUACGACUCCUCGGAGGCCAGCAGACCCAGGGGGCAGCGGAGAGCAGCAGAGGAAGCAGACGGGGCUGAGCAGCAAGCGGUGACGCAGGCUCAACACGCCCAGCCUCAGCAGCCCAUCCCAAGGCCGGCGGUGAGCCGCUACCGGAGGCAGGGCGACAACGAGGCGAGGCUGAGGGCGCAGCAGCAGAGGCAGAGGCAGCGUCAGCAGAGGGAGGCGGAGAAGGCGGAGCCCCAGCAGCAGCAGACGGAGGCAGAGAGGGCGGAGCCCCAGCAGCAGAGGGAGGCAGAGAGGGCGGAGCCCCAGCAGCAGAGGGAGGCAGAGAGGGCGGAGCCCCAGCAGAGGGAGGCAGAGAGGGCGGAGCCCCAGCAGCAGCAGAGGGAGGCGGAGAGAGCAGAGCCCCAGCAGCAGCGCCACGCCCUUCCACCCCAGCCUCAGGCCCCACCACCGCCCCCAGCACCGGUGGAGCAGGAGGAGGAGGCAGAGGAGGAUGAUGGCGCGCUCAACCGCUCAGCCAGCACAGAGAGCGGCUUCCACAACCACACGGACAGGGCCGAAGGCGACGCAGACAUGGCCCUGGAGCCCGAGCCUGAGCCCGAGGACGAGAGCGCGUACAGCUUGACGCUGCGCCCUGAGGCCGACGAGUACACGGAGAGCGCAGAGUCCGAGCAGCACCCCGACAACCACCCCCACCCGCAGCAGCCACAGUAUCCGCCGCAGCCCCCGCCUCUACCUCGAGAACCGCUGCCCAACACCGAGCGGCCCCGCACCCUCGACCCGGAAGCCCCCAACCCCGGCGGCUACUCCAACUACGUCUACUCCCAGCCGGCUCAUCGCGUCUCUUCUGCCCGAGAGGGAGCAGGCUCCACCGGUGGCGAUGGAGGGGGAGAGGUCCACGAGGCGCCCGAGGACGAGCCGUAUGCUGAGCCCUACGCAGACUACAGCCCGCAGGAGCAUGUGUACGAGGAAAUUGCUGAGUCGGCACGUGGCGGGCCUGAGGGCCAAACGCCCCAGCAGCAGGAGCGCCGACAGGGUUUCCGGCUGUUCGAGCGCGACGACAGCAGCAGCUACCGGCAGCAGGAGGCGGUGGGCUCGCGCCUGCACCACUACGACGAGCGCUCGGACGGCGAGUCAGACAGCCCUGAGAAGGAGGCCGAGUUUGCGCCAUACCCGCGCUCCGACAGCUGCGAGCACGAUCAGGAGGAGGACAUUGACCGGAUUGUGGCCGAGGUCAAGGAGAGCCUGAGCUCUCAGAGCCUCCAGAGAGCAGCCAUGGGCCUAGAGGAAGAGCAGGAUGAGGAGGAGGAAGAAGGGGAAUGGCCUGAAUCGGAGCACAAUAUUCAGUCUGUGCCGGAGGAUGACGCCCAUCCCCUGGUGCUGGCGGACGAGGAUGGUGAGGAGAUGACGGAGGAGGAAGAGGAGGAGGUGACUCUGCCCAAUGUUAGCCCCAGCGAGAGGCCUGCCCAGCAGUGCAUUAGCCGGGAGAAGAAGGAUGCCAUCUCGCUGGCUAUCAAGGAUAUCAAGGAGGCCAUCGAGGAGGUGAAGACGCGCACGGUGCGCUCCCCCUACACGCCUGAUGAGCCCAAAGAGCCCAUCUGGGUGAUGAGGCAGGACCUGAGCCCCACUGCUGAGAAUGACCUACAGCCGUCACUAGGGGGCGAUUCUCCUGGUUCUGGCUCCAACUCACCCCCCCAAGGGGCUGAGUCCUCCAGCCGCCAAAAUCCCUUGCACGAGGGGAGUGACAGCUUCGAGUCACCAUCACCAUCACCCGCCAGCAAAGAGUCCCGAAGAAGUCUGGCUUCGUUCCCCACCUAUGUGGAAGUGCCAGGCCCAUGUGACCCGGAGGACCUCAUCGAUGGCAUCAUCUUCGCCGCUAACUACCUGGGCUCCACGCAGCUACUCUCGGACAAGACCCCGUCAAAGAACGUGCGCAUGAUGCAGGCCCAAGAGGCCGUGGGCCGCAUCAAGACGGCCCAGAAAUUAGCCAAAAGCAGGAAGAAGGCUCCUGAGGGGGAGGCUCAGCCCAUGACUGAAGUGGACCUCUUCAUCUCAACCCAGAGGAUCAAAGUGCUUAACGCCGACUCACAGGAGACCAUGAUGGACCACCCUCUGCGGACCAUCUCGUACAUAGCGGAUAUCGGGAACAUUGUGGUGCUGAUGGCCCGGCGCAGGAUGCCUCGGACCGACUCCCAGGAGAACUUGGAGGCCUCCGACCCGGCCCAAGACGAGAAGCGCCAGUACAAGAUGAUCUGCCACGUGUUUGAGUCUGAAGAUGCCCAGCUCAUAGCGCAGUCCAUCGGGCAAGCCUUCAGUGUAGCAUACCAGGAAUUCCUGCGGGCCAACGGCAUCAACCCGGAGGACCUGAGCCAGAAGGAGUACAGCGACCUCCUCAACACCCAGGAUAUGUACAACGACGACCUCAUUCACUUCUCCAAGUCUGAGAACUGCAAAGAUGUUUACGUAGAGAAGCAGAAAGGUGAGAUCCUGGGGUUGGUAAUCGUGGAGUCUGGCUGGGGCUCCAUCCUCCCCACUGUCAUCAUCGCCAACAUGAUGCACGCUGGCCCAGCGGAAAAGUCCGGAAAGCUCAACAUCGGCGACCAGAUCAUGUGCAUUAACGGCACAAGUCUGGUGGGCCUCCCGCUGUCUACCUGCCAGACCAUCAUCAAGGGGCUGAAGAACCAGUCUCGGAUAAAGCUGAACAUCGUCCGAUGCCCCCCAGUCACCACUGUCCUAAUCAGAAGACCAGACCUAAGAUACCAGCUGGGCUUCAGUGUCCAGAAUGGCAUUAUAUGUAGCCUUAUGAGAGGAGGGAUAGCCGAGAGGGGUGGGGUGCGCGUGGGCCAUCGCAUUAUCGAGAUCAACGGCCAGAGCGUGGUGGCCACCCCGCACGAGAAGAUUGUACACAUUCUAUCCAAUGCAGUGGGAGAGAUCCACAUGAAGACCAUGCCUGCUGCCAUGUACCGCCUACUGACUGCCCAGGAGCAACCAGUUUACAUCUAAAGAGAAACGCUUACCCCCUGCUCCCUCCCCAACCCUCCCUCCCCAUCCCAUCAUCUUCUCUAUCUUAACCUUUAACCUCUGACACAUGACGUAACCUUAGUCAGCAUUUUGACUCCCAAACCCCACCCCCUAUGUACGUGUGGUGUGGUGUGGUGACUGACUGAUGUGUCUCCGGCCUCCCACUGGCCUCGGCUGAGCUGGUUUACUCUCCCUACUGCAACCCCCCACUCCAGCCCUAGACCGCCACCCACCUCCCCCCUCUGCCUCCUACCUCUGCAACCCCUUCUUCGCUCCGUCUGAGGCUUCUGUGUCUGCUGUGAAGUGCAAUAUCCUGUUUGUGUGUGCACACCUAUGACUGAUUAACAGGGAUAGGGGGGUGGGGUGGGGGGUAUUUGGGGGUUGUUUGAUUGAGAGCGAUGGCGACAGAUUUAUUGAUAGAGAGAGAAAGAAUCAGAGUAGAAGAGGAGUCAAGGUGUUUCCAACUGCAUGCGGUCUGCAAGAUGGGGGUGGGGGGGAUAUACUUUAGAAAAGGUAUUUCUUUUAAAGGACUAGCCUUGGUUGGGAGGUUGAGAAACUUUCCUUUGAACAGGCUGCCGAUGACAUGUGUGAAGGUUACGAAGGUUACGUGUCAAUAUAGAUUUUUCUGUUUGUACAUAUUUUUGCUCUUUUUCUUACCUUGGCAACUUCAUCAAACAUUCCAGAUUUAUUUUCUUUCCAUUCUCAUUGUAAAGGGCAGCUUUGAUCCCGACAUAACUGCUCUCAGAAUCUGGACCAAACAUUGGAAGCGUUCCGUGGAAUUCCAGUAAAAAGCAUGCUCUCAGAAAAAGGUAGCUGUAAAAGGAAAAGCUGGUUUGUGAUUCACAGACAGCAGAGUCUCUGAAGGAUUUCAUGCCUUAACACAACUGUAUAUUAACAUGAGCAUCAUUAUCAGGCUAAAGCAGUGCCCAUUCUGUCUGAGAAUAGGAUUUUAUUUGCAGCAGAAAGAACACAUCUGACUGUAGAAGGAACACAUCUGACUAUAGAAGGAACACAUCUGACUAUAGAAGGAACACAUCUGACUAUAGAAGGAACACAUCUGACUGUAGAAGGAACACAUCUGACUGUAGAAGGAACACAUCUGAUGCCAGUAGGUGUAGGACAUUAACUGAAGUGUUUGUUGAUUCUGGAAAUAAUUACAGAGAUGUUCCACACAUGUUAAGACUUAGGAUUUCAAACCUACUAAUUUAGAAUGAGAAAAAGGGCAAAUGAGACAGACUGUUGUUUUGUAGUGUACUAAGGUCAAGACAUUUGAAAUUAAUUCCUGGAGAAAACCAGUUUUAUGUAUUAAUGUUUUUUUGUGUGCAAUAUGGUGAUUUCCUCCAGAAGCAGUGUUAACUUUUUGAGAUUAAUUGAUUUUAUUUUAUUUUUUAUUUAUUUUUUGCUCAGCACUUGGUUGUUAAUCCUUUGUUAUUGGGACUUAAUUUAAUCUAUAAUUUAUAUGCCGGAUGUACUGCAAUUUUAGUUGGGUCAUUGAGAAAUGUGGUGUUGCAGACUUUAUACUUGAACAUUACCUGGUGGAAGACAUCAUGGUGAAAAUGCGGGAUGCUUGUUUUAGUUCUCCUUUGUUUUUUUUUUAAUGUAUUUUAUAAUUAGAAUUUUGUUAAAUUUUGGUGUAUUUUGACCAUCAUAACAUUGACAUCUUCUGUCUUAAAGUGGUGGUUCGAGAGAGUCAAAAGGAAUGUAGAGAUUUUUGAGGGUAGGGAUCUUUUUGGGUUAAAUCAUCUCCCAGAGAUGAGUAUUCCUUCAAGUGUAGGAUAUAUGUUUUGUGGUUUGACUGCAGUGUUUAGCUAUAUUACGACAUCCAACCAUGGUCAACAUUAAAAUGACCAAAAAAAAAGACAUCCUUAAAAAUGUGAAAUUCAGUUGUCGAAAAUUCAAUGAAUAUUGUUGUUUUAGCGCUUCAGCAUAAACAAAACAAGAGUGAUUUGCAUAUAUUAGUGAGAAAAGGUACAUUAAAAUCACUGUAACUUUAGUUGUGACUACUAUUUCUGUUUGACGAAAGGCAGACAGGGUUUGGAAGUGUGCUCACUCCUCAGCAGAAUGUGGGUGUGAGACGAGCCCAAGCCCAGCCUCAGGUAUCACUGUUCUGGAGAAACUUGGGUGUCUCUACCUCUUUGACAGGGAAGGAUUAGCCAGAGGGACUGAUGACUGACCUUCCAUGUGUGGAAGUGUGGAACGCAUCUCUGAACCCCCAGGGAUCCGACUGAACCAUUCUGGCACUCGAGCUCCAGCACUGCUUGGGACGCUCCUCUGACACUGAUGCUCUACUCCCUCUCUCCCUCUCCCCCCCCCCUCUCGCUCGCUCUCUCUCUUGGUCAGUGAAGAUGAGCUGGGGAGAUGUAAAGACGGCAUGAUUGAUUGUGUUCGCUGCGCCCCUAGGUCGGAUAGGGGUUGUACCAAAAUGUCAUUGCCUCCCUUGCACUUGGAAUCCUCCCAGGAUGCAGACCCCCCCACCACACACCACCACACACCGACACACACACUUGUCCUCCCGUUGUCCCUCCUCUCCUAUCCUGCCCUAACUCUCCAACUAUUCCACAACUCUUUAUCCCCGUUAAGAACUUUAUGACUCCUUCGGACAUGCACCUCAUGUUUACUCAAGUGCCCAAGUGGUUUGGCAUCCCUCCUUCGGGGCCUACCUGGCCUGGUACUGGACUUUGUUCGGCCUGGUCUGGGUCUGCGGGUGGCCAGGCAAACACCCAGCUGCCAUACAUCUAAACACCCCCCCCCCCCCCCCCCCAACCCCAAUCUGACCCCACCCUGCCGAAGCACAGGCUUGCAUAUGAAAUAAACAAACAGACAAAAACAAAAACUUACUCCCGAUACAGUGAUUGUUCCAAGUGUAUGUCUCUUCCCUGAAGAUCAUUUUGGCCUUACAAUUGCUGUACUUUUUUUUUUUAACUUUAUUGAACCAAGCGCAGUGUGAGUGUGACCAAGUUUUUGUUAUUUUUUCUCUGUUAAGCAUGGUCUGUAGUCGUUUGUAUGCUUUGCCUCUCAUGCUCUGUAGUAGGAGUGCUGUGUGAGGAUCGUUUACGCCAUCAUGAACCAAAACCAGCGGGAAAAUAUAAAUUAAUUCAACUAUAUAUUUAUAUGAUAUAUAUGUAUACUAUAAAAACAUCUAAUGAUAAUCAAGUCAUAUUAUAUAUAUAUAUAUACGCUGCUGUGCAAAGGUUAUUGAUGGCUUCAGAGGUAUUGACUCUCAGCUCUAAACAUCCAAGAUGAUAUUGAUGAACUCCCCUUUCAGAGUUUGGACUUGUUAUUUAUGCUCUACAGUUUUUUCCUCUUUGUUUCACAAAUUGAAAGAUAAAAUAUCUACACCUUCUCUCUACAGAAAGGAAUUCUCAAUUUCUUACCCCCCUCCCCGCCUCCCCUCCCCUUCCCCCACUAGCUAAUUUCAACUUUUUGCACAGUGGUGUGUAUGUAGGAACACAUUUACAGCGCACUGGUAUAUUCAUGGUUAUUUUGUGUGUUGCUAUUAGGACUUGGAAUAUGAAGAUGCUUUAGAGAGUGAUGUGGAAGCACCAUAUGGGAACUGGGAACGUUAUUUGAGGACUCUUUGGUUUAAAGGACCAUGGCCAUUAGAGGUGGUAGAUGUGUACAUAAUGGUAUGACAAACACAAGGGUACGCAACAUGGCAGCGGUCCACAGCUGUCUAUUUGGGGAGAAUAGAGUAUGGUGAUUUUAGCAAGGUUUGUAGGUCUGUCUUACAAAAAGCGGUAGAUGAGUAGAUGGUCGCUGUGAAGAUGGCUAUGGUGUUUAUGAUGCACUUGUUCUGAAUGUACUUAAUCUUACAUAUGUUUGUCAAUAUGUCGAGAGAGAAAAAAUGAAAUGAAAAAAAAAAACACUUUCUGUAAAGCAACAGCAAUGUCUAUUUAUUUGCUAGCUUUUCUGUGAUGUUACAAUUAUUGAGCUACAUUCCUAUACCAUAGCUGGAAUGUUUGUAACAGUAUUUACAACAGUAAAUGACUUACAGAGA